AUGAUCACGUUGAGAGGAAAAUUGAAAAAAAGUGCAGAGGUGGGAAAUACUAAGCCACGAGACUUCAACAAAAGAAUCUCGGUUAGAGAUAAACUUCUGGUGAAAGAGGUUCAAGAGAUGGAGCAAACCUUACCCAAUACCUGUCAAGCGACUUUCGAUAAUCCUAAUCGAUUGCACGAGUUCAAUCUCGUCAUAAUACCUGAUGAGGGCUACUGGUUGGGGGGUAAAUUUCUGUUUCACAUUUCUGUACCUGAGGAGUACAACAUGAUCCCACCUAAAGUAAAAUGCAUAACAAAACUCUGGCACCCGAACAUCAACGAAGAUGGUGAUGUCUGUUUAUCCAUCUUGAGGCAGAGUAGUCUCGAUGGAAUGGGUUGGGCGCCCACACGGAAGCUCAAAGACGUCGUCUGGGGAGUGAAUUCUCUGUUCACCGAUCUCCUGAACUUCGAUGAUCCACUGAAUAAAGAUGCUGCAGAACAAUUCUCAAAAGACAAAGAGACGUUCAAGAAUAAAGUACGAGAAUACGUCAAUCAAUACGCGAGAAGAUGA